AUGAGCAUUUCUGACACAUUCCCUCUGGGCCACAAUGGCCACUUCGAUUAUGUCAUCGUUGGAGGCGGUACUGCAGGAUGUAUCAUUGCCAGUCGCCUCUCGGAAUACUUACCUAAUAAGAUCAUUCUGAUGAUAGAGGCUGGCCCCACCGAUGUGGGAGAGAACCGCGCACUCAUCCUCAAGGACCGUUCUUCAAUGCAAGGCACUGAAUUGGAUUAUAGAUAUACCAGUGUUAAGCAACUACGGGGUAUUGCCCAGAAUGCGUAUUCAUGUCUUACCUUCACGCUGACUUGCUUUGUAGGUAACAGUGACAUUAUUCAUUCACGUGCCAAAAUCUUGGGGGGAUGCUCGAGUCAUAAUGACAUGGUUUCUUUUCGAACACCGCAGUAUGACGCUUACACUUGGGAAAAACUAGGCUGCAAAGGUUGGUCGUUUGAGACAUUCGCUCGCGUGCAGGACAAGUUGCGAGUCACGACGCACCCUUCUGCUCAUCCUCGGGAUCAAAGUCAGCUGAACAAGGACUGGAUUAUGUCUGCCAGUCGAGCUCUUGGCUUGCCUUAUGUGAAGGAUCUCAAUAAGUCCAUCCGAUCUGCCGGGGGCCUUACCCAGUCCGUUGGGUGGACGCCUAUAUCCUACAAUCCCGACAAUGGAUAUCGCAGCAGUACUAGUGUUGCCUACAUUCACCCUAUCCUUCGUGGAGAAGAGAAGAGACCAAACCUGAUCAUCUUGACCAACGCAUGGGUGUCGCGCGUGAAUGUCCAAGGCAACAUUGCAGUUGCCGUCAACGUCACGACCAAAGACGGCACAAAACACACUGCGUACGCCAUUUCAGAGAUUAUUCUUUGUGCUGGAGCGAUCGACACGCCUAGGCUAAUGCUCCUCUCUGGGCUGGGCCCCCGGGAGCAUCUGGAGUCCGUCGGCAUUCCCGUCGUCAAGGACAUUCCAGGUGUCGGAGAAAACCUACAAGACCACCCCGGCGCGAGCGUUGUUUACGAGCUCCACGAUAAGGUCCCUGCUGAAACGGCCACGCAUUCCGAUGUGCUGGCAUUUAUCCGCCAUAAACCGUACAACUGGGCUGGGGAUGAUGGAAACAUCCCAGAUCUUCUCCUGCACACGUGGCAGCUGGAUUUUGACGGCGGCGAACCGGUGGUUCCACAAGGUUACCCGAGACCACAAAACCCUUUCGGCAUCUAUCCAUUAACCCUGCGCCCUGAAUCAAAAGGGAGGGUGUAUCUUAGAUCUAACAAUCCUUCCGAGAAACCAGCGCUAGACUUCAGGUACUUUGAGGACCCAAACAACUACGACGCGGAGAUCCUCGUCGCAGGCAUUAAAGCCGCUAGACAGAUAGCACAGUCCGAGCCGUUUAAGAGCUAUAUAAAGAGAGAAGUCGCGCCAGGUCCUCUUGUUACGUCCGACCGAGACUUGGACAAGUACGCCCGCGAGACAUCCUGCACUAUCUACCAUCCGGCCUGCACGACUAAGAUGGGAGAUGUUGAGAAGGACCCUCAAGCUGUCGUUGAUUCACGACUUAAGGUCAGGGGACUUCUGAACCUGCGAAUCGCUGACGCUGGUGUUUUCCCCAUAAUGGUUACCGUCAACGUGAUGCUGACUGUUUUAGCUGUCGGUGAGCGGGCUGCGGAGCUCAUUGCUGAGGAUGCUGGGUGGGCUGGUGCAAGGCAUCAUUUAUAA